AAGAAAGCGUUUUGUUUGUCCUCGAUGGGUGGGGCCAAACUCACCAACAUUUGUUAUGGAAGAUGUCAUUCGUACGAGGAGCAAUGAUAUCUGCGUCGAAGUCCAAAAUAUUGACCCUUGCUAGGGCAUCUACUCGUCUCAACAGCCUCAGUGUGAGUGAACAGCUACACCGGCUUCCUCAAAGCUCACAGCCUCUUUAUGCAACGGGGCUUCGCUGCUUCAGCAACGCCUCCAUCCAGGAGAAGACAGGAGAGUCAGGGCCAUCUGAGGAUAAAGUGCAUCUCACUGAGUCAUGUGUGAAGAGACUAGGGGAGAUCAUGGAGAAAGGCGAGUUCCUGAGAAUACAUGUGGAGGGAGGAGGCUGCUCUGGGUUCCAGUACAAGUUUUCUAUCGACAGCAACAAGAAUCAGGAUGACAGGGUGUUCGAGCAGGGAGGAGUGGGCGUUGUCGUGGACCAGGACAGCCUGGAGUUUGUGAAAGGAGCCACUGUGGACUUCAGUCAGGAGCUGAUCCGUUCCACCUUCCAAGUGCUGAAGAACCCUCAGGCUGAUCACGGCUGCUCCUGCGGCAGCUCCUUCUCUGUCAAACUAUGAUCUCACUUUGCCGACUCCUGCUCCACCGUUCCUCAGAUUUAACAGUUUGUCAGGUACACAUGUACAAAAUGCAUCAUAAUAUUAGAGGUACUUCUCUAAUAGUGAGACAGAAGGUGUACUUCAUAAACUGGUAACUCAGCAUUAUAUCAGACUAUCUAUGAGCUGUUGAAUUCCUAAUUCAAUUCACUAUUAAUUACAUAUAGUGAUGCUGAAACUGAUAGACAGUAUAUAUUAUUUGCUUUUUUUUGUGUGUGAAAAUUACCAAAACAGCAGAUGCAUCAAUUAAUGAGUUUAGUACUUCGAUGUGUAGUCAACUACAUCACUGACAGGUCACAGUAUUCCACUGUAAAGGCUCACUUUAAAUGUUUUUAGUGCGUAAAUUAGCCUUUAUAUGUAAAAUAUGUAAAUAGACCAUAACUAUAAAGUUCAAAGCUAUAUUGCAUUUGUUCCAUGUGGAAUAAAAGUGACUUUAAAAUA